GUCUAAAACAUGCCUUCCCCACUUGAGAAAGAGCAGGAACCCCCAUAUCCUGAACCUUAGCCCACCUAUGAAUCUGAAUCCCAUGUGGUUCAAAAAUCAUUGUGCUUACACCAUUUCUAAAUAUGGGAUGUCCAUGUGUGUCUUGGGAAUGGCAGAAGAAUUUAGAGGACAAGUUGCUGUCAAUGCUUUAUGGCCUAAAACAGCCAUACAUACAGCUGCUAUGGAUAUGCUUGGAGGAUCUGGAAUAGAAAAACAGUGCAGGAAAACGGACAUCCUUGCAGAUGCUGCCUAUUGCAUUUUAACAAAACCAAAAAGUUUCACUGGAAACUUCAUUAUUGAUGAAGUCCUGCUGAGAGAAGAAGGUGUUAAGGAUUUUGAUGUCUAUGCAAUUGCACCAGGUCACCCCCUGAUGCCUGAUUUCUUUUUGGAUGUUGAAACUGACAUGACAGCUACAAAACAAGAAAGAUAUG